AUUUCUUUUCAGAUCUUGAGGUCCACAGUUCCACCUUCUUACCAACACCCAAGUGGUUCUUUAGAGAGAGAGAGAGAGCGUGAGAGAGAUUUAUAAGCUUCACUUUGGGCAUUACAAUUUUUUGUGAACAUUGAAACACUCAAAACUUAACCAAAAACAAAAAUGGGAGAGGAAGAGAAGAAGCAAGAAGCACCAGAGGAGAAGAAAAUGGAGGAGAAGAAACCAGAAGAGGAGAAAAAAGAAGAAGGAAAGAAAGUGGAGGCUGAUGAGAAAAAGGGAGAAGAUUCUGAAAAGAAAACUCAAGAAGGAGAAGCUACUAAAGAUGCCAAAGAGGAUUCUCCUCCGGCGGCACCGGAGGCUCCAGCGCCACCUCCACCGCCGCAAGAGAUUGUCCUUAAAGUUUACAUGCACUGUGAAGGCUGUGCUAGAAAAGUCCGCCGUUGCCUCAAAGGCUUCGAAGGAGUGGAAGAUGUGAUGACUGACUGUAAAGCGGGUAAAGUGGUGGUGAAGGGAGAAAAAGCUGACCCAUUGAAAAUCUUAGCCAGAGUUCAAAGGAAGACCCACCGUGAAGUGGUGCUUCUUUCUCCUAUUCCUCCGCCAUCUCAGCCGCCGGAGAAGAAAGCAGAGGAGGAGAAGCCCAAAGUGGAAGAGAAGAAAGUGGAGCCUCUCGUAGUAGUUACGGUGGUCCUCAAGGUUCACAUGCAUUGCGAAGCUUGUGCGACGGAGAUCAAGAAACGGAUCAUGAGAAUGAAAGGAGUGGAAUCUGCUGAAUCCGAUUUGAAAGCUUCUCAAGUGACGGUGAAAGGAGUGUUCGAACCGCAAAAGCUCGUAGAAUACGUUUACAAGCGUACUGGAAAACAUGCUGCAGUUAUGAAAAUUGACCCACCACCUCCGCCGCCACCUGAGGAAGCUGCUGCCGCCGCGGAAGCAGAGAAGAAUGAAGAAAGAAAAGGAGAAAAUGGCGGUGGAGAGUCCAAAGGCGAGGAAGGGAAGGACGAGAAAGCAAAGACUGAUGAAGAGAAGAAAGAAGGUGACGGCAGCAAAGGUGAAGCGGGGGAGAAUGGCGGUGGUGGGGAGGAAGAGGCAAAAGUUGUGGAGGUGAAGAAGAUAGAGAAUCCAUAUUUCUACUAUCAUUAUCAGCCGCCGCGUGUGGCAAUGCCGCCUUAUGCCUAUCCUCAUUCCUAUCCACCCCAUGCAUAUCCUCCUCAAGCAUAUCCUCCCCAUGCAUAUCCUCCUAAUGCAUAUCCUCCUCAUGCAUAUCCUCCUAAUGCAUAUCCCCCUCAGAUAUUCAGCGACGAGAAUCCAAACGCAUGUUCCAUAAUGUAACAAAGAAACUGCAAACGCUAAAAGAAUAUGUGGGAAAUAUUUUGAACAA